UAUCACGCAUAUAUACGCAGCCCAAGCGCGAUGGAAGGCAUUCUUUUUGUGCUUCAGCUUGAGUUAGUGAAAAGCUGAGAACUGUUGAGACGCGUCGCAAAAUUUUGGAGAAGCGUAUACAAGUUAUUUGCCAUGCCUGGACGCCCACUUUGGCAAGUUGCUGGCAAGCGCGAAGCAAGCCAGGAAGCAGAAGCUCAACAAUGGAUCGAGACUGUAAUUGGCGAGAGAUUUCCACCAGGAUUGAGUUACGAAGAUGCCUUGAGAGAUGGUGUCAUCCUCUGUAAGCUCAUGAACAAAUUGCAGCCUGGCUUGAUCUCCAAGAUCAAUACGUCCGGUGGCGAUUAUAAGAUGAUGGACAACCUUAAUCAAUUUCAAAAAGCCUGUGUAAAAUAUGGUGUACCUGAUGUUGAUCUUUUCCAAGCUGUCGAUCUGAUGGAACGUAAAAAUAUCGCUCAAGUAACAAAUACCAUCUUUGCCAUUGGACGGACGACGUACAAACAUCCUGAAUGGCGCGGUCCUUGGUUGGGUCCGAAACCAGCGGAAGAAAACAAAAGGUCCUUUACAGAGGAGCAAUUAAGAGCUGGCGAGGGACUUAUUGGCUUGCAAGCUGGUACUAAUAAGGGAGCUACUCAAGCAGGACAAAAUUUCGGAGCUACGAGAAAGAUACUUCUUGGAAAGUAAUUGAUAAAAGUAGCAUUUUUUAUGCUAGAAGUAUCAUGUUUAAAAACAGAUAAUUCUUUAAAUGAAUAUACAUAUAAAGCCGUCGCAACGUAAAAUUAUCAUAAAUAUAUUAAAAAUGAUUUAAUCAUAACACUUUUACAAAAGAAUUGUUUUACAAUUCUUUUUCUGUUACACACACACACACACACACACACACACAUAUAUAUUCCGCUGGAAAGAACAUAAGUGAUAUUGAUAACAUAUAUAUGUAACUAUAUGUUUUAGACAUGUUAAAAUUAUUCUGUAUUCAGUAUAUUUCCUUGAUGUGAAUGUAUUUAACAAAGUAAUAAGUAAUAUAAUAACACCUAUGUGUUUCGACAAUGUA